AUGUCGCCCCUCCCCACCCCCCCACCGCCCUCCAUCCCGGCCCCCUCAGCCCCCCUCCCCGCCUCGACCCUCGCCCCCCCGCCUUCGCUUCUCAGCCGGACACAAAAGUUUGUCGAGGAGAACCAGCGUCUCAUCCUCCUCGGCUGUGCCGUCCUGGCCGCCACUGGUGCGGGCUACUACUUCUACUCGCGGCCUGACGCCCCUGGUCCUUCGUCACCUGCGGGAGGCGAAUCGGCCUCCAAAAAGAAGAACAAGAAGAAGAAGAAGAGCAGCGAGAAGAAGGAUGAAAAGUUCGUGAGGAAUGAUGGCGACAAGGGACCUCUUCUGGAAGAGAGGGAGCCCGCCCAGGAGCCCGGACACCUGUCGGGCAUUCCCAGCGACAGCGAGAUUGAGCACAUGAGUGGCGCGAAGCGAGACGAGCUCGGAGCAACGCUUAAAGACAGGGGAAACAAGCUUUACGCCAAGAAGGAUUACAAGAAGGCCAUCGAGUGCUACACCAAGGCCAUUGAAAUCUCGGUCAAGAAGGUUGCUGUCUUCUACUCCAACCGAGCUGCUUGCUACGGCAACCUCACUCCUCCCGAAUACGAAAAGUGUGUGCUUGACUGUACCGAGGCCGUCAAGCUCGACCGAACCUACACCAAAGCCCUCAAGCGACGAGCGACCGCUUACGAAAACCUCGACCGCAACGAGGAGGCUGUCCAGGACUUUACCGCGGUCAGCAUCAUUGAGCGUUUCGCCGACGAACAGGCUGCUGCCUCUGUCGAGCGAUGCUUGAAAAAGCUUGCGACCAAGCGUGCCGCCGAGAUCUUGGCCAACCGAGGAGACAGGCUUCCCUCUCCUACCUUCAUUGGCGCCUACCUGUCCGCCUUCCGAGAACGGGCCCGACCUGCUAUCCCGGAAAGCGCUUCUCAGGGUGACCACACUCUCUCAUUGGCUUUUGACGCUCUCGAUGCUGCCGACUACCCCCAUGCUUUGACAUAUGUCAACGAGGCCAUCGAACAAGGCAUCAGCACCAAGGAGGUCCAGGCGGAGGCCUACAACCUGAGGGGUACUUUCAAAUUCUUGAUCGGUGACUCGGAGGGCGCUCGAGUGGAUCUUCAAAAGUCUCUGGAUCUUAUGCCCGAUUUUGUCCAGAGUUGGGUCAAAAUUGCGAGUGUGCACAUGGAGCUUGGUGACCCCGCGGGAGCCUUCGGGGACUUCGAGGCCGCCAUCCGUCACAACCCUAACGACCCCGAUAUCUACUACCACCGAGGCCAAGUCUACUUUAUCACCCAAGAGUUUGACAAAGCGCUGUCCGACUACACAAAGUCGGUUGAGCUUGACGACACUUUCAUUUUCUCCCACAUCCAGUCUGCUGUUGCCCAAUACAAGAUGGGUAAUGUCGGCGCUAGCAUGGCCGCUUUCAGGCGAAUCCUCAAGCAAUUCCCUGACCGUGGCGACCCUAGCAACUAUUACGGUGAAAUCCUUCUGGACCAGCAAAAGUUUGAAGAAUCGCUCGCACGAUUCGACAAAUCUAUCGACCUUGACAAGUCUAAAAGCCCUCGCAACGUCCUUCCUUUCGUCAACAAAGCUUUGGCUCUCUUCCAGUGGAAGCAGGAUGCGGCAGGUGCUGAGGAGCUUUGCAAGAAGGCGCUUGAGGUUGAUCCUGAGUGUGAUGUGGCUGUUGCGACACUUGCGCAGUUGAGUCUGCAGCAGGGCAAGAUCACUGAUGCCAUCACCUGGUUUGAGAAGAGUGCUCAGUUGGCCAGGACCGAGGGCGAGUUGAUCAACACCAUUACUUACGAACACGCUAGUAAAGCUCAAAUUCACUUCCUCAAAAACUACCCCGAGUAUGCCGAGAGGUUGAAUCAGAUCGCUCAGACUGUUUAA